AUGACCACCACCCAGCACAGGGACCAACGGGGACGUGCCGAGGUUCUUUUGCAGACCUUCAGACUAUGGGCGUCAUCUGACACCGCGUGUACCCAACUUCGUGGCAUCAUUGAUGGAGGUAGUCAGCUGACCUUCAUCCGUGACGACAUUGCGCAGAAGCUGAAACUGAAAGUUGUAGGUGAGAGCAAGUUGCGGUUGAACACUUUUGCCAGUGCGUCUACCGCUAACAAGACCAACUUAGGGAAGGUGGUUGAACUUCACCUGCGGAGUCAGUAUCGUCCUGUGGACUAUCUCAUACGCGCAACCACUAUUCCGUUCAUUUGCAAGUAUCUUGCGGUAAUUCCAGCUAUUCAGGAGUUCGUCGAAAGGCUUCGUCGACAAGGACACCAGAUAGCCGACGACUCCUUGUUCCCCAAUGUUCAGUGUGAAGCUGGCAUUGGACUGCUAAUAGGCAGUGACGAAAUGUGGCAGCUCUUGACAGGAGAAGUGAAGAGGCAUGCAGACGAUGACAAGUUGGUAGCAAUUGGAACAGUGUUCGGGUGGACGUUUCAAGGGCCUUCACAGGUCACACAUGGCUAUGCUGAAAAUGAUGUGCUGGAGAAGUUCUGGAAGUUAGACAGUAUUGGAAUCGCAGACGUAACGACAAACAACAACGAGCAUGACACAGCGGUGCUUGAAGAAUUUCAAAGAAGCAUUCGUUAUGUGGACGGCCGGUACGAGGUGGCCCUGCCCUGGAAGCCUCGUACAGAAGAAUUGGAAGACAACUUCGGGGAAGCCAACCGGCGACUGCGAGGACUUACGAGACGGUUACUCCAAAAUGACUGCUUGACGAAGUAUAACGAGGUUAUAAGGAGCUACCUUGAAAAUGGGCACGCCGAGGAGGCCAACGAAGACACAGCUCUGACUGGUUUGCAUUACUACAUGCCUCACAGGGCAGUAGUACGUAGCGAAUCCACGACAACGAAGAUACGUGUGGUGUUUGACGCCUCAUCACACGCAUCUGGAGCUACGUCGCUGAAUGACCACUUGGAGAAGGGGCCUAAGUUGGGAGCAGAUUUGGUGCCUGUCCUGUUGCGUUUCAGACUACACAGAAUAGCAAUCACAGCGGAUAUCCGAAAGGCAUUUCUGCAAAUCGGCAUUCGAGAGAAAGACAGAGAUGCUCUCCGUUUCUUGUGGUUUAACCAUGCUCCAACAUUGGACGAUCCACAGCCUGAAGUGGAGUGUUGGAGAAUGACGAGGGUGCCUUUCGGGACAUCGGCGAGUCCUUUCCUGCUGACUCCAACUCUACAGCAUCACCUGAGAUCAGUAGAGGGGUCGAACAAAGAUCUGGCCCAGGCACUAAUAAAUUAUUUCUAUGUCGACGAUCUGCUUGUGAGCGUAGCCAACGUUUUGGAAGGGAAAUAUCUGGUCCAAAAGGCGGAAGACAUCUUUCAGAGGGCAGGAAUGAAACUAAGCAAAUGGGCGUCUAACUCUGCUGAGCUACAGACUAUGUUCCUGCAGUGCGACACCGGCGGAGCUAGCCAAGGAAAAUCAUUCGUCGACACUGCACACACUAAGGUACUUGGGGUGAUGUGGGACCGAUCUAGUGACAGACUGAGCUUCUCAGCACAGCACCUGCUGGAUGUCAUUGCCGACAUGAAAGACAGCAAGAGGUCCAUACUGCAGGCUUCCGCCAGACUGUUCGACUGGGGUACCUGUCACCGUAUACCAUUCGAGUGA